AUUGAAGAUGGCGGAAAAUGUGCAGCUUGCAGUUGGUAUUUUAUACAGAAGGAAACUGUUUUGAAAUAUUGUCUUGUUACUUGUUCAACCGCGUUUAAAAUGGCUUUGUUUGGGAUACAACUCUUACUCACAAUCGUGAUUGCACUGUUUUUACACAAGUUAUCUCCUCACAUGUCCCUGGCUACCUGGAUCUUAUGCAGUGGGUUGAUCCGAUACUUGUAUCCAACUAACGAAGAGUUGAAAAAAAUAGUUGGAAAGCCUCAGCAUGUGAAGACGAAAUCAAGGCGUUCGGAUGCAAAAAAAAAUGUCACAAAUGGGGAUGCGACAACUCAAUACAAAGUCAGCGAGCCAUUUACAGUACCAUGUAACAUCAAUUUGGAACUUAAAACUGCUAGGAUUGAAGAAACAGAUUUGAUAUUUCAGUAUUAUUACACAGAAUAUAAGUGGCUGGUUGACUUCGCCUUCAGUGCUCUUAUUUUUAACAUCAUCGUAGAGCUGAUUUCUUUCCUCUUUCCAACUAUGCUGAGAAAUGAUAUCAGUGUCACUCCUCUAUGGAACUUUUUGGUUAUCUUUUUUUGCUUAAGGGUGCUGUACUUGUUGACAUCACCAUAUUGGUUAAGUGAUGAAUCUGGUGAGAAAUCUUUGUGUCUGACCUUUGGUGUUUUUUUUUUCGUUCUGGCUAUGGCUAUCCUUGUUGUAGAUGAAUCCAUCUUAGAAUUUAACCUUGACUCAGGUUAUGAGAUAUUUUCAGAAGAAGCUAUGCUGUUUCUUAGACAGCAAGGAAUAUCUAAGGAAAGUGGUGCUGCUCCAAUAUGGAUCUUUAAAUUAAUACUGGCCAUCAUAUCUGGUUUGCUUGGAGCAUUCCUUGGUUUCCCUGGUAUCAGAAUGUCCAAUAUGUUUAUUGAUUCUUUGGAAAAAUUUAACAAAAACAGACUUCUAAUCGUGCUCCUAUAUCUCAAUUUUUUCACGCCACUUCUCCUGAUAUUAUUGUGGAUAAAACCGUUGGUUAGAGAGUAUUUCACGGGACGAUACAGCAGUGUUCCUUAUAGCAUAUCUGACUCAACGUUUGACCAACUUCGUGUCGCUGUAGUAAUACUUUGUUGUAUUCUACGUUUUGUGUUGACGAAAAUACAUCUUCAAGUUUUCCUGGACCUUGCGAAAAAAAAGGUCUCACGGUUAAAAAAAGAGGCUGGAAGAAUUAGCAAUGUUACAUUGCAAAAAAGGAUUGUAGUCGUGUUCUACUAUCUAACAGCAGUUUCUCUUCAAUAUUUAACUCCUGUUAUUCUCCUGGUGUUUCUUGCUCUAGUCUUACGAACUGCAGGAACUACAGAUUGGGACUCAACGAAUGCGCUGAUGAAACGUCUUCAGAAAUCUAUGUUAGUUUCGAAUAUUACCGUGAACGCGGUUCAAAAUCUUCGUCACGUGUUCGUGUCGGAACUCGUGCGUGCUGUGACGUCAUAUUUCACGUGGUGGACAUGCCUGGCUAUGUUCAUUACGUCAGGGUUUGGUGUUGUCUACCAUCACGUGUUUAAUAUAUAACUAAAAAUAAAUUUUCAACGAAAAGAGAAAUGAACUUCAUGCACUGAUCUCGAAGAAUAUUUGGACUGUGCCGAAAAAUGAAAGCAGGCAAGCAGCUGAUGAAGAUCACGAAGAUAACAUCACUACGAUGGUGGAACUAUCAAAGAUCCAAACUCAGCAAUGUUACCUAAAUGUUGACUAGACUGACUACGUUUGUGUAGAAAUUUUAUUAAGAACAGUAGAAUUUUAUUUCAUCACUUGAUUAUAAUUUGUUAAAACCUCUGUAGAUACGGAUACAAUCACAGGCCGUUCUUGCAGAUCAUUGUCAA